AUGAAGACUAUCUCCUAUGUGAUAGACCCGGACGGAGAUAUCGAGAUCGUACAUAGAGAGCCGAAUUCUCACCAGGCCAUCCCUAAAAUCCACUCCGAUGACUGCUCAACUCACACUGAUCUGCCGGACUCCGACUUCGACAACCCGCCUGCAACUGGCCGUUAUACCGUUUUCAACGAGCUCUACACCAAGUCGACGACCGUCACUGAGGUACUCAGAACGUCAGAGAGGAACAUGGGCCGCGGGAAGUCCGUAUGCGCAUUUCCCCAAAGUACCUGUCCUUUGUCUCCAGCCCAUUCCUCGAUCUACUGCUCGCUUCAUCCAACAAAGAUGCAUCCUCUCCUCAUUGUUCUGCUUGCUCUUCUCCUCCUUCUCCCGCUUCUCGACCUUUCACCAGGAUUCACACGAUUGGCUGAGAUGCCGUGGCUCUUGCCAUCGUGCUUGAUGCCAUCCAUGGACGCCACUCAGAGAUUCCUCGAGUUAUCAACCUCGGACUUCUUGCCCGAAUCGCAACCGUGGUCGACUACUACAAAUGCCAGGAGGCUAUUCACAUCUUAUUCGGCUAUUGGCAGAGAAAUAUCAUUCGCUAAGCUAGUUUUCCUACAACUCCCUGAGGGGAUCUUCGCAUCCAUGGCUCGCAUGGUGGUGAUGGACUUCAAAGGCUCUGCACAGAUCAUUCCUAGAAUGCUUCCAAUCACAACGACUCUCAGAAAGCUCAACGAAAAGAGACUCGAUCUCAUCGAACAGAUCAAUAAUGGUCUUCAAGACGUGCACAACACGCUCUUCAAAGAACCAGGAUGUGUCCAACGCAAUCGCAUUUGCUCGUCGCUCACACUUGGUGUGUUGGUUCAUAUGGUACACCAACAUGAACACUCCAAACCCCCUUUCAUCGCCCCCUUCGACGGGUACAGUGUUUCCACAGCUCUGAACCUGGUGAAAGAGUGCUCUGAGCCGAUGCCGCUACAUGAUAAUCCCGGGACAGAAAGGCUCAGGUACAUUGACGCCAACGAUGGCCGAACCUACCCUUGCAGCAUCAAAGGGAGAAUGACGCCAGUGCUUCAGAAGAUCGACAGGGAGCUUUGGGGUAUGCGCCCGGCCGACUUCAAAGACUAA